AUGUUGAUUCUUGAAAGGCUUGCUUCCUUUGAUCUUGAGAACUGUAUAGAAAUCAGCAGAGCAACUGGCCUCAUUUCAAAGAUUGUAGAGUUCACAAGCAAUAUGUCUAACAUGAAAAAUAUUGGUGAGACACAUAAGACACUGCUGAAAUGUUCAUCACUGAAGCUGCUGGCAAGACUUGCAAGUACUAAAGGCAAAUUUGGUGUAACUUUGCGUCAGAAGAUUACAGAACAUCUCUUCCUUUGGAGCAACCUUGCAGAGAUCUUGGAUAACAGAGGGAGCAGCCAAGAACUUAGGGAGCUUACAACAGGACUCGUUAGAAACUUUGCCAUGGAUGGAAAUGUAAAUAAUGAGAUCGGGCACAACCCGAUGAUCAUUAGCAGGUUGAUGCAGGCAUUUCUUAGCCAAGGCGCAUCCUCAAGUGCAGAUUCAGAUCAGUUACUACGAAUGAACACUGGGCAAGCACUAGCACUACUGGCAAUGGAGAGUGUCAGUAACUGUCUGGUUAUGUUAGCGGAACCAGGGUAUGUCUUCAUCAAGGAACUCACAAUUAUGAUCCAUAGUGGCAGGUACAGGUACAUAGCUUCAAGCCUGUUGCAGAAUAUGUGUGUGCAUGCUCAAUCUGAGCUUGGUGACUCGGACCUGAAGGAAAUAUCCUACAUUACGAGAGAGGUGCUGGAAGGAAUAAUGGAUGCAGAAGGUACAGAAUUGGAGGUUCUUGUUGGCCUUAGUUCACAAAUAUGCAAUGUCAUUCCAGGAGAUUUUGCACGAGAACUAGAGCAUGGUCAGAUUAAGGAAAGAUUUAUCAAGAGACUUGUCAAUGCACUUAACUCAUAUAUGAUACCCACCUCUCAUUGUCCCGGAAUCAGGAGGGUGAUAGUUGAACAUGUUAUAUACAUGAUGGAGUGUAAUCCUGGCAACGCCAGCUGUUUCAACAAAUACUGGAUGAUGGAAGUACUGCUAAUGGUGGAGCGUACAACUUCAAGCGCUGAAAAUUACAGGUUCUUCUCGGGUGAUGCAGGACUCAUGGAGCACAGCGUACCUCUAUCCGCUCUUGUGGCUAGAGCAAAAGAACUGAUGAGCCGUGAGUAGCUAUGAGGCAUCAGCGGUGUCACCUGAACAUGUAUUUAGAUGUAUUGUACUACUGGCCUAUACUGGGAGCCUGGGAGACUCA